AUGUCUACCGCACCACAAGCUGCUGCUCCCGCAUCACAAGCCAACGUCCCUGCACCACAAGCCAACGUCCCUGCACCACAAGCCAACGUCCCUGCACCACAAGCCAACGUCCCUGCACCACAAGCCAACGUCCCUGCACCACAAGCCACCGUCAUUCCCCAGCGAACUGAAGCCUUCUUCCGCCUCUGCAACAACAGAAACGACAAAUCGCCAUACCUGCGCACCAAACCCCGCAUCAUCGCUGCUCUUGGUCUCUUCGGCGUCUCAGACCAGAAAGCCAAAGAGAUCAUGGAACGAGUGUUACGCAUCUGGCGGCGUGACAAUUCAGAAUUAGUGAAUCUGCGCACAAAGGAGGGUCAGCGGCGACGAGCUAACAUCACUACCGAAGUCAAGAACAUUUACCCAGAGGUCUUUGAGAUGCUGUGCAGAGGACCUGAAGAACGGCAGUUCCUCAGGGAAAAGGCAAUCCAUGCCAUGGUCUGGUAUGCCACAUCGAGGACCCGGCCCCCGAGACGCCGACGACGGGCGGCACAACCUCAGGUGUCGGCCCAGGCACAACCUCAACCGGCGACUCAGGCGACGGCCCAGGCACCACCGCAGGCACAACCACAGACCCAGGCUCAGUCACAGGCACAGGCGGCGACCAACGACAGCCUGUUCGUUAGUCCGUGA